AUGAAAUUCGGGCUGUGCCCGCGUCUUCCUAUUUCAAUCCUGAGUUCCCUAAAGCAGAGAAUAAGGGAAAACGACCUUAUUGUUACUAAAGCCGAUAAAGGCAAUACUGUUGUUAUUAUGGAGAGUAGUGGGUACAGCCAAAAAGUUAACGAUGUUAUCCAAGGUGAUGACUUUGAGCUAUUGGAGUCUGACCCAACCAAAAAAUUUACUUCGGAUAUUAAGUUAUGUAUACAACAGUCAUCAUAUGUUUUUCCCGAUCACAACUUGUCUCGGAGCAAUCUUGUUCCAAUGAAUCCUCAAGCACCCAUUUUAUAUGGGUUACCAAAAAUACAUAAAGAACAUGUUCCUAUUCGUCCAGUUGUCUCAUAUAUUGGUGCACCAGCUUAUUUCCUUGCUAAAAAAUUAAACUUCCUCCUUCGAGAGAAAUCUGGAUUCAACCCCACUUACAGCCUAAAAAAUGGCUUAGAUCUCAUUUCCAAAAUUAAAGAUAUUCGUAUUCCUCCUAAAUCCAUAUUAUCUUUAGACGUUGAUAGUCUUUUCACAAAUGUCCCAUCCCCUGACUGUUUGCGUAUACUCGCAGAUCUCUUUGAAAAACGUCGUCUACAUCCCGGGGAAACAAAUGAUCUUCUUAACUUAACCUCUCUCUGUAUGAAACAAAACUAUUUCCGGUUUAAUAACCGUUUCUAUCUACAAAAAGAAGGGUUAGCUAUGGGGUCCCCUCUAAGUCCCCUUAUGGCGGACAUUUUCAUGGAUAAUUUCGAAAAACAACAUAUAGUUGUCAAUCAAAAUAUCUUAUAUUACUAUCGAUAUGUAGAUGACAUAAUUAUUUGCUGGACUGGCACAAGGAGACAACUGGAUGUUUUCCUCAAUAAAAUAAAUAGAGUCUAUGACAAAAUUAAAUUUAAACUUGAAUUGGAACAAGAUUGUUCCCUUAAUUUUCUCGACUUAACAAUAACAAGAAAUGAAUCGUCACAUGUUUUCCAAAUUUAUCGAAAGCCAACUCACACCGACACGGUCAUCCCCGCGUCAUCAUGUCAUCCGUGGCAACAUAAAGUAGCCGCUUUUUAUUGUUACAUUAACCGUUUGUUCACUGUCCCAUUAAGUAAAGAAAAUAAUUUAAAAGAACUUAAUAUAAUUUAUCAAAUAGCGGUCUCUAACGGUUUUUCAAAAAAUCUCAUUAACAAUUUAAUUAAAAAGAAACAAAAGCAUGUUAUUCGCAACUCUCUGUACGCGGUUCAACCUCAAAGUGUUCAUCGAUAUGUGAGCAGUUUGACCUACUUAGGCCCCAUAUCUGAAAAAGUAGCUAAUACUCUUCGACAAAACGGCGUUCAUGUGGCAUUCAAAACAAACAAUUCUCUUAGAAAUAUCUGUAAUAGUAAAGAUAAGUUGGAUAUUCGUCAAAAGUCGGGUGUUUACAAACUUGUUUGUGACGAAUGCCACGCCGUUUACGUGGGUCAGACUGGUCGCAAUUUCGAGACACGUUAUAAAGAGCAUUUAGCCGCAUACAGGAAUUGCAAUCACGAUAAAUCCCAUUUUGCCAAACAUCUUUUGGACACUGGACACAACCUAGCCAACGACCACUCCUUUAAAGUCUUACAUACGUGUAAUAAAGGGCUGCGGCUGUGUGUGCUGGAACAGUUAGAGAUAUUGAAAAGUAAUAAUAAUACCGUUGCAUUGCUGAAUGAACAAACAAAUGUUACUAACUCACCUCUCAUAAAUAUUUAUUUAUUUAUUUAUUUAUUCUUUAUUGCAUUCCUUAAAACAAAAGAAUACAAAGGGCGGACUUAA